GCUGGAGGCGGAAGCGGCCGGCGGUCAGCGCCGCGGGCCUCGGCUGCUUUCUGCUGGGCUCCUCCCGGCCUGGGGAGCCAAGCGAGGUUCGGCGACGGUGAAGGGGCCACGGUGCGGGCAAGGUUGACAGCCCUCGGAGAAGCCCAAAGGGGGCGAACUCGCGAGAGUCUCGGGAGACCGGGACAGAUGGGUGAGGACAAGGUCAAUCCCGAACGGGAGCUCAACUUUCAGAAGAGAGACGCCCCGGCAAGACUCUUUCGGGGAGUCCUCCGGCUCUUCACCUCCAUGGGCCAGACGGCUCUGGUAGGGGGCGGCAGCAGCAGCACCCCCACCUCACAGGCCCUGUACCCUGACCUCUCUUGUCCGGAGGGCUUGGAGGAGCUGCUAUCUGCUCCCCCUCCUGACCUGGGGGCCCAACGGCGCCACGGCUGGAACCCCAAGGACUGCUCAGAGAACAUCGAGGUCAAGGAAGGGGGGUUGUGCUUUGAGCGGCGGCCCGUGGCCCAGAGCACUGAUGGGGCCCGGGGUAAGAGGGGCUAUUCGAGGGGCCUGCAUGCCUGGGAGAUCAGCUGGCCGCGGGAGCAGAGGGGCACCCACGCCGUGGUGGGCGUGGCCACGGCCCUCGCCCCGCUGCAGGCCGACCACUAUGCGGCGCUGCUGGGCAGCAACAGCGAGUCCUGGGGCUGGGACAUUGGGCGAGGGAAGCUGUACCAUCAGAGCAAGGGGCCUGGGGCCCCCCAGUAUCCAGCCGGACCUCAGGGUGAGCAGCUGGAGGUGCCAGAGAGGCUGCUCGUGGUUCUGGACAUGGAGGAGGGGACUCUGGGCUACGCUAUUGGGGGCACCUACCUAGGACCAGCCUUCCGCGGACUGAAGGGCAGGACACUCUAUCCGGCAGUAAGCGCCGUCUGGGGCCAGUGCCAGGUCCGCAUCAGCUACCUGGGCGAAAGGAGAGCGGAGCCACACUCCCUCCUGCAUCUGAGCCGCCUGUGUGUGCGCCACGCUCUGGGGGAUACCCGGCUUGGCCAGGUAUCUGCUCUGCCCUUGCCCCCUGCCAUGAAACGCUACCUGCUCUACCAGUGACCCGUGAUACCAGACUGUGCUGGGGCCUUGACACCCACCUCCCCUGGAGGGGCUGGGAGGAGGCACUGCUGGCCUAGACCAGCUACUUCAAGCCAGUGAGGCUGGGGAAGUGAGGCUGGGCCUCUUCCCCAACCCACGCUCUGGGGAGCUCAGCAGCCCCAGAGCCACUCAGAGGGGUGGAAGGGAGGAUCUGCUAUUCACAGCUGUGGCAGCCUGGUACGAAAGACAUUUUUUCAAGUAAAAAUACUAAGAGAUA